AUGACCAUUGUUUUGCCAGCCCUUCAGGGCCCUAAGACUCCUGCUUUUGAGUCCGUCAAGCCUUUCACCGCCCCAACUCGUCGUCCAAUCGAGCCAGUCGGAAGAUACUUCUUGGCCCAUGCUACCCGUACCUUGAGAGGCCACACUUGGUCGGAGUACGAGAAGUUGGAGGCUGAGAAGAACGUCAAGCAGAUCGAAGAGAACGCUGACGAUGACUUGGGUGACGAGGAACAGUCCGCUGAGUUGUUGGCCCACGACCCAAGAGAGUGGAAGACCGCUGACUUGUAUGCUGUUUUGGGUAUCUCUCAUUUGAGAUACAAGGCCAACGAGGACCAGAUCAGAAGAGCCCACAGAAAGCAGGUCUUGAAGCAUCACCCAGACAAGAAGUCUGCUUCUGGCGGCUUGGACCAGGAUGGUUUCUUCAAGAUUAUCCAGAAGGCUUUCGAGGUGAUGUUGGACUCCAACAAGAGAUUGCAGUAUGAUUCCGUCGAUGACGCUGCUGUGGUUGCUCCUCCAGCUCCAAAGACCAAGUACGACUUCUUCGAGGCUUGGGGCCCAGUUUUCGAGUCCGAGGCUCACUUCUCCAAGAAGCAGCCAGUUCCACUUUUGGGAUCCAUCGACUCUACCAAGGAAGAGGUUGAUGCUUUCUACAAGUUCUGGGGCUCAUUCGACUCCUGGAAGACCUUCGAGUUUAAGGACGAGGAUGUUCCAGAUGACACUGCCAACAGAGACCACAAGCGUUACAUCGAGCGUAAGAACAUCUCCAACAGAAAGAAGUUGAAGCAGGAGGACAACAAGAGAAUCAUCGACUUCGUCCAGCGUGCCCAGUCUGAGGACCCAAGAAUCAAGUUGUUCAAGGAAGAGGCUAAGAAGGAGAAGGAGAGAAAGAAGUGGGAGAAGGAUGCUGGUUCUAGACAGGCUGCUGAGGAAGCCGCUAAGAAGAAGGCUGAAGAAGAGGCUGCUAAGAAGAAGGCUGACGAGGAGGCUGCUGCUUUGAAGGCUAACUCCAAGAAGGCUAAGGAGGCUGCUAAGGCUGCCAAGAAGAAGAACAAGAGAGCUGUCAGAUCUGCUGGUAAGGACAAGGCUUACUUCGGUGAGGAGGCCAAGGCUGCUGACAUUGACGCUGAUCUUGAAUUGUUGGUUGAGAAGUUGGACGACACUCAGUUGUCUACUCUUGCUGGCAAGCUUGCUGGUGACGCUGCUGAGGCUAAGGCUGGUAUCACUGACAUUGUUAGUGAGUUGACCGGUGCUGGUUCUGUCAACGCUAGCCACUUGAAGUACUUUGUCUAA